AGUCAUAUUUCAAACAUCAUGGCGUCUAACGACAACCAAUCGUUGUUUCACUCUCUUUCUCCGAUUCCCAACUUGUCUUCUGCUGCCAUUGAAGAGGUUCUGGAGCAGAGACCUGUGUCAAUCCGAUGGUGGCGCAGGCUGGUGGCGUGGGAGUCCAGGCUUCUAUGGCUCCUCUCUACCUCUUCCAUCAUUGUUUCAAUUUUCAAUUACAUGCUAAGUUUUAUCACAAUGAUGUUCGUCGGCCACCUUGGCUCUGUUGAAUUUGCGGGGGCAUCUCUUGCUAACGUUGGAAUUCAGGGUCUUGCUUAUGGGAUUAUGUUGGGGAUGGCAAGCGCUGUACAGACAGUAUGCGGGCAGGCAUAUGGGGCAAAUAAAUACUCAACAAUGGGCAUAAUAUGUCAGAGAGCUAUCAUCUUGCACUUGGGUGCAGCUGUGAUCCUCACCUUUCUCUAUUGGUACUCCAGUAGCUUUCUUAAACUAAUAGGACAAUCCGAAAGUAUUGCCGAGCAAGCACAAGUGUUUGCCCGCGGAUUGAUCCCUCAAAUUUAUGCCUUCGCUCUAAGCUGCCCCAUGCAGAGGUUCCUCCAGGCUCAGAACAUUGUCAAUCCACUAGCCUACAUGUCUGUUGGGGUGUUUUUCCUCCAUGUUCUUCUCUCAUGGCUCGUUGUCUAUGUCCUUGAUUACGGCCUGUUCGGAGCUGCACUCACUCUGAGCUUCUCCUGGUGGUUGCUUGCCAUUGUAAACGGCCUUUACAUUGUUGUCAGCCCUUCUUGCAAAGAGACUUGGACCGGCCUCUCAACCAGAGCUUUCAGAGGGAUCUGGCCUUACUUCAAGCUUACCAUUGCCUCUGCAGUUAUGCUCUGUUUGGAGAUUUGGUAUUAUCAAGGACUGGUUCUUAUAGCAGGCCUUCUCCCAAACCCAACAAUCUCAUUAGAUUCAAUAUCCAUUUGCAUGAAUUAUUGGACUUGGGACAUGCAAUUUAUGCUUGGCCUAAGCGCAGCAGCCAGUGUUCGGGUGAGUAAUGAGCUAGGGGCAGGUCAUGCAAAGGUGGCCAAAUUUUCGGUAAUAGUGGUGAAUGCAACAAGCAUUCUUAUCAGUAUGGCAUUCACUGCAAUAAUUCUCAUAUUCAAAGUUGCACUAAGCAAGGCCUUCACAAGUGAUUCGGAGGUUAUUGAGGCAGUUUCCAACCUAAGUCCCCUGCUUGCUAUCUCUGUUUUUCUAAAUGGCAUUCAGCCAAUUCUAUCAGGUGUGGCCAUUGGGAGCGGAUGGCAAGCUGUUGUGGCUUAUGUAAAUCUGGCCACAUACUAUGUGAUUGGUCUCCCAGUUGGGUGUGUUCUUGGCUUCAAAACCAGUUUAGGAGUAGCAGGUAUUUGGUUGGGGGUAAUUACUGGGGUUCUUCUACAAACAGUUACUCUUAUAUUUCUGACUGCAAGAACAAAUUGGUCUGCAGAGGUUGAAAAGGCUGCUGAAAGAUUGAAGAGAUCUUCUAAUGAGGAAACACUAGACUUAAUGCCAGGCGUAUAAAGACGCUGCUACAGAAUCCUAACAUUUGCACAGGCAUAUUUUUUCUCUGCACAUGCCAGCCAUGUAUUUGGAGUUGAAGUAACACUAAAUAGAAUAGAGCCUUGAUAUGUAUACAGUGUACCUCUGUCAAUGAGGGUCUC